GCUUUCUUGUCACAUGCUGGAUGAUCAGUUCAGGAUUAUUUCGGGAUUAUUUUGCUUCAAUGAUGCUUUUAUCAAUUGCGACAGGUCAACCUAAACAAUCCGGUGUGGCUGUUGUGCGUUAGUUUUGGUUUGUGUGUUUUAUUUGACGUUAGUUUAAAUGCAAUGAAAGCAAUCUCUUAUCGGCAAAGACACACGCAGAUAAAUCAUCAAAAUGCCCCCCCCCCCCCCCCCAUCUCACACACACACACACACACACACACACACACACACACACACACACACACACACACACACACACACACACACACACACACACACACACACACACACACACACCCUGCCAAAAUCAUUACACUACAAGCAUUGAUUCAUCCAACUCAUUAUAGUUUUUAAUUAGACACCUGCUUAAUUAUACCCGUUAUGAGAGUCUGAGUCAGACAAACGAUCAUAAACAUCAAGAAGAAUACUCACAAUAAAUAAAUACCGACAAGGAGGGGUCAUUUAAUCUAGUAGUCUUGACUAAUAGUAUGAGGUUGACCUUUAACCCCACCAUUCCGUGUGGUAAUACAACAACAACACCAUCUUCAAAAUAGUUAUCUGCCGAGGGCUCAUAAUAAUCUCACAUCGCCAUAUGGCACGCAAUAAUAAUAACAACAGCAGGUUGAUACUCUCCUCUAACUCCCACAGCUAGUGUGACAAUUGCAUUACAGCUGACAGCAACAUACACACCAGCAGUAGCGGUGAUUGGAUCCCAACAUGGACACCCAGGCAAAACAGGGAGGAUCCACUCGAUUGGAGCUGGUCGUCAAUUUGCCACCUCCUAUCUGUUAACACGCUUAACCUGUUCUGGUCAUUAGUAAUUAUAGUUCGAUUACAUUUCGCUUGACCUGCCAUAUAGCACUUGGGACUGGGUGUUAAAGCUGAUAGGGUUGGAGAGGAUGUGUGUGUGUGUGUGUGUGCGUGCAAGUGUGCAUGGAAAUGCACAUGUGGUGACCAUGCGCACAAGCAUGUGGCGGUCUGAAGCAUGCCUAAGCGGCUGUUUGCGGCGGUGUAAUGCACUCUCAUCAUACAUGUAUGAGCAGACAAGGGGCCGUGCCGGAUGACUGCAACCAUAUAUGACAGCGGCUGACUUUGAAGAUGACACGGCCUCCUACAAGCCUUCACCCACCAGUGUCCUCGCUGUCGGAGAACAGGACCCCUUUUGACAUUAAGCACUGUACUGUCUGUGUCUCCACUGGGUUUCUCUUUAAUAAAGAGUGGAGACACCCACUGCCGUUGAUCCUGUCUUGUAUCCGUCCGCAGUUUGGUCCUUUUUAGUGUGUCAUUUUUUUGUCAUUUUUUUGUCUGCCCUGCCGAUAUUUAGUAAGUAAGCUGAUUCCUGUAUUGAUAUCAGUCUGGAUACUUGGAGGGCCCUUGGAGUGCUUUGGCAGGAAUGUGUCAAAAAUCGUUUUUUCGAAGACUCGAGAGAAGCAUUCUGGAAGCAGUAUAUUUCACUGUCGGGCAAACUGUGUUGUUAAAAAAUGACAUCAAGUGGGACUUAUUGAUGCACUGGAGACACACACUACAACAAUAAACGCCACUAUAAAUCUGGUCAUUGGAAAUAUUAGCAAGGAACGGAAAACUCAAACACGAUAAACAACUUUAAAUAAACAUGAACUAAAUUCAUAGAUCCCCCACCCACCAGUAUCCAGUGCAACUCAAAACAAUCUCCAUUUGUAUUUGAUAGAUAGGCCUGGAGUUGGCUAAAUGAUUUACUUGCCUGUUUUAUUGCAGCCUCCCAACAGUAGCGCUAGUGUUCAAAUGAAAACAGAGGGAGCACUGUGCUCCACCUGGAAAACAUACCUUUUCAAAGCCAAACAAAUGAGCCGUGUUACAGCCCUGUGUGCGUCAAAUAAUACGACCUCGCCAGCUCCUCGGAGGCUGGGGCACCUCUUGCAUAUUUGGUUCGGAACAGGUGAUGUUCUGGGCUACGGCCUUUCAUGGUUCAGCUGCGAGUCCGAAACGGUAAUAAUAAGCUUCACACAAUGUCUUUAUUCGAAGAAGACGGGAGCCGUGAAGAUGCAGGAGAAGAAGGAGCGAUGGAAGGAGAAGAAGCCCUCCAAGAGGCAGCGAGAGGCCGAGGCGCUGGGCCUGGAGCAGGCGGAGGCGCCGGGGGCGCGGGUGGAGCAGGAGAUGGAGGUCCGGCGGGAGGUGGAGGGGGAGGAGGAGAACCUGGUGCCGGCCGCCAUGGACCCCCUGGAGAAGGGCUUCUUGGCCCACGCCCAGCGGGAGCAGGACAGGAUGAACGAGAGGCUGCUGAAGAGGACCUACUCCAAGAAGAACAAGACGGUCAGUGGUCGCCUGGCCCUUUUCUUUACUCUCCCGCUACGGCCGUUUCCUUUGACCCAAAUGCGUAUUAUUGCAUCAGUGUUUUGGUUACAGUCGGAGGGCUGAUGAUGUCGGCGACGUGGGCGUCUCCUAGAGCCCUCCGGAGAUGACACACUGUCUUUUGUCAGCAUUUAUUCUGAUGUCAGGCAUUGUACAGUCAAAUUGUUGUUUUUCUGCUCUUGGUUUAUUUUAAGUCUUGGCUCGUACUCUCACUUAUUAUUGAAGCAGUCAGUACAUGUU